AUGAACAUUCAGCCUUUGCAACUUGCUGUAAAAUACAACCCUCCUAGACUAUGCUUAAUUUAUAAUAACGGCAAUGAGCAGUUUUAUCACGAUUUCAAUAUAUCGAAAGAAGAUUUGACACUGACAACUGAAAAAAUUUAUCAUAAACUGAAUCUAGACCAUCCUGGAUAUUUGACGCAGAUUGAUGCAGGGCAGGUUUUGAAGCUCAUAGAGCUUAUAAAGAAUAAACAAAGCAAAGACUCUAAACCGUCUAGAGUUUCUAAACUGCGAGAUAUGGUCGAAGGAGCUAGAAUGGAUGGGAAUAUAGGCAGAGAAGUCAAUAAGCCGAAUAGCCGAAACUGGGCAGGCGGAAAAGGAGAAGCUGCAGGCAAGUUUGAUUUUGAAGAAAUCGACAAGCAGCUGGAAAACGAUUCAGGGAGUGACCAUUCAAUAGAUUUAUAA